AUGGGGAACUACAUUUCCUGCACUCUGACAACAUCGACAGCCAUCAAAAACUUCCAGUCUACGACAAAGGUGAUAUUCCCCACAGGAGAAGUUCGACAUUACUGUGAACCUGUCAAAGCAGCAGAGGUAAUGCUGGAAUCCCCAAACUUCUUCGUCGUCAACAGCAAGUCUCUCCAAAUUGGUCGGAGAUUCGUGGCCCUCACUGCCGAUCAAAACCUCGAAGUGGCAAAUGCUUAUGUCAUGUUCCCAAUGAAGAGAGUCAACUCAGUCAUCACAGCUGCAGAUAUGGGUGCUCUGUUUCUCAAGGCCAAAAGAGUCACCACGGGAAAUCAAACAAGAAUCUUGCCUGAGGUGAUUAAUCAUCCGGAAGCUGUAACUAAAGAAGAAGAAGCUGCCCCUAAGUUGAAUAUAGAGGACACUGAUGAUUUUUUAUUCCAUGAGUUUAAUCAUAGGCUUUCAAUGUGCAGGUCCAAAAAGCCAUUAUUGGAAACCAUAGAAGAAGAACCAAUAUUUUCAAGAUAA